AUGGAAGAGGAGGACGAUGACUUCUACGGUGGCCAAGGAGGGAAUGCGCAGGAGGACGCGCCAACCUUCGACGAAGCCAACAUCAAGGAUGAGAAGAUGGAGGUGACGGAAGAGCAGGAAGACGAAGAAGUCGAUAGUGACGAUGACAUCCAAUUCACUCUUGAAAAACCACAAGGCGAGCAGACAGAAACAAGAAGCGCACCGCCACAACCCAAAAAGCAGCGGACCGGCUCCGGCGACCGCGCAGUAUCCGCAGAGAUCAAACCAGGCAAAAGUAGCACACCAGUCAAGCACGAACAGCGAACAGCCUCCACUCAACCCACCGCCGUCAGGACCACCCUCACCCACGACGGCAAAGAAGGCAAAGACUUCCCCGAAAUCCGCAGCAGCAAAGUCGACGUCAGCACCACCCCCGCCUGGCCCGCCAACAACAAACCCAUUACCGAACUCGACAUCGACGCGGACCUCGCAGAGCACUCGAAACCCUGGCGGUUACCGGGGACGGAUCAGACGGACUUCUUCAACUAUGGCUUUGAUGAGUAUACCUGGGCACAGUACUGUAUUAGGCAGCAGACUAUGGCGGGCAACAUCUCGGACAUGAAACAGCAGGAUGCGCAGAUGAAGGCAAUGUUUGGCGGUGGGCCAGGAGGGCCUGGUGGAGGAGGGAUGCCGGGGGGAAUGCCGGGUAUGCCUGGGAUGGGUGGGAUGCCGAGCCCGGAGGAGAUGAUGCAGCAGAUGAUGUCCCAAGGCAUCGACCCCUCCGACCCUAACGCCUUCAUGCAGAUGAUGAUGGGCGGCGGCGGCGGCGGCGGACCAGGCCAGCCAAACCAACACCAAGGCGGUGGAGGCGGCGGUUUCGGACCGCAACGAGGAGGCUUCGGUGGCUCCAACCCGAACAGCGUCUCACCUCGCCCACCGGGCGGUCAACAGGGCUUCCAACCACCGACUGGGCCUUCUGCGCAGAAUCAGGGAGGAGACCAGGGAGGGUUUGGCGGAGGGAUGGAUGGUUAUAGUCAGCAGCAAAUGGCUAUCAUGCAGGGCGGAAUGGGUGGGAGAGGACGUGGUCGUGGUAGGGGACGCUAUUAUUGA